AAAGGACUCCAAGAAAUGAACUCGAGUAAUGAUUAUGGAAUAGAGAUGAGCCUUGAUAAUGUCUUGAGUUCAUCUCAAGAACUAACAACAGCUUCUCCUCAACUUAAAUAAAUUCAGGAUUAAUGAUAAUAUUGUAAAAAUAUAAAACCUGAGAAAAACAAUUAUAGCCAAGAAGCUGCUUCAGAGCAUUUAGAUGAAAUCUAUGAACAGAUUGGCCAACUUCGGCAUGAGAACAUGAGCAUGUUGGCAGAACUUAUGGAGAGGGAAGAUGAACAAGACGAGGUAUUCGAACUUAAGAAUUUGAUACAAAAUCAAAUAGAGAAGAAUGCUGCGCUGCUUUCAAAGACUAAAACAAUACCAACCUCAAUUUUGAACAAAAGAAAAAGCUCAAGUCCGAAGAAGAAAGUCAGAUUUAGUUCGAACUUAUGCGAUUUUAGUAAAUACGAGAAAGAGCUAAUGAAAGUUCAAUCAAAGUUUAAAUAAACUGCAGGAUUCUGUCAGGAGAUCACUUGACAUUGAUAAAAAUUCGAAAAUUAUAUCAUUUUAUAAAAGUGAAUCAAAUACUAUCUCUGCUAAAAAUAAUAGCAACCAAAAUGACCCUGAAAAAAUGACAAAGUCUGAUCAAGAAAGACAGAGAAAGGAGGCCAGAUUGGAUAAGAUUUGAGAAGAUUUGGAAAAGAAAAUUCAUAAUCUAAAAUAAAUCACUUUCUGAGAAAAAUCAGGCAAUUAAGCAUAAAACUCUCAUUCUCAAUGGGUUUAAAAAGAAAUUACAGUUUGCUAAGAAGAAGAAAUUGAGGUUUGAAGUAAACAAAGGAAAGUAUGUAGAGGAACAGAAAAUGAAGGAAAGAGCAGAAAAGCUGUUAUUAAAAUAAACAGAUAUCUCAGAGGUUUUCCAUCAUAAACUCUCCGAAAAAGACCAAAAAUGUUGUGCAUAUUCGAAGCAGCAAGGGUAGCCAAGACUUUGAAAGAGCAUCUGAGGAUUCUGAGACCAUAUCACAAGGGUUUAAUAUCUAUAAACCAAGUUUCAAAUGAUUACGAGGCAUCAGCAAAGAGAAAUUAAGCUUCUCAGACAGAUUUAGAAAUAGUCUAGACUCUAAAGCUCUUAUCACUAAUGAUAUUUCAAAGAAUGAGGAUAAGAAUAGAUCAUUUACUCUCAACAGCGGUCAUUAUGAUAAGAUAAAAAUAAUCAAUAAAUUUCAGAACGAUCAAUUUACUGAUGAUAAAAUAAGACUGAGAGAAAGAUCAUUAACUAGUUCUCAAGCCCACAACCCUCAUAAAAAAAUCCAAAGGAGAAUAUCCUCCAUGAUGAGCGGGUACGUAAAUAACUAGAUUUUAAAGACAUCAAGCAUUUUGUCUCUGAUAUAUUAUGAAUUUACGUUUCUCCAUCUUCAAC